AUGGUUGCUGCCAGGGCAGUUGAUGGGAACAGAGACAGUAUAUCUGUUGAUUUCUGUGCCCGCACCAAUAUGGAGUCCGAUCCCUGGUGGAGGGUAGACCUGCAGAAUACGUACAAAAUUUCUGCUGUAAUAAUAACCAACAGAAAUAGGUUCGAAAACAGGCUGGAUGGUGCUGAAAUCUGGAUCGGAAGCUCCACUGAGACCAAUGAUGACAAAAAAAUCAGGUGUGCGGUCAUCUCUCACAUUCCAAGCGGAGGUACAUUUUACUUUCCGUGCAGGGCUGCAGAGGGACGCUACGUCACUGUGCUUCUCCGAGGAAGCAAUAAGGUUCUAACUUUCUGCGAAGUUGAGGUGUACUAUGGUAAUGCAAAUGUGGCACUGAAAGGAGAUGCGGCCCAGUCUUCAACGCUCUCUUUCGCUACGGCCUCUAAAGCCAUCGACGGGAGACGGAACUCAUUCUUCUGCCGUGGGUCCUGUAGCCACACUGCCGAGAACGAGACCAACCCCUGGUGGAGGGUGGACCUGCGAGGAAUAUAUAUGGUUAUGUCUGUCAAAGUGACCAAUAGAGGAGACUGCUGUGCUGAGAGACUGGAUGGAGCUGAGAUCCGAAUUGGGAACUCACAGGAGAACAACGGAAAUAACAACCCCAGGUGUGCUUCCAUCUCCCAAAUCAGAGCGGGUAAAACCUACACGUACCAAUGUGAUGGGGUGGAUGGAGGCAGCAUGCUGGGUCGCUUUGUGAACAUAAUUAUCCCUGGAGAGAGGAAGACUCUCACCCUGUGUGAAGUGGAGGUGUAUGCAACCCCAGCAGUGGAACCUCUACCAAAUGUGGCCUUGUGGAAACAAGCAGAACAGUCGUCAACUGAAUUGAAUGGGUUGGCCUCUUAUGCUGUCAGUGGGUGUAGAAGUGGAUCACUGUAUGGAUGCUGUACCCAUACUUCUGUGCAAUCCAAUCCCUGGUGGAGAGUAGACUUGUUAGCUGUGCACAAGGUUAGUGUUGUCUCAAUCAUCAACAGGCAAGACUGUUGUUCUGAAAGGCUUCUCGGGGCACAGAUCCUGAUUGGGAACUCUCCGGAGAUCAAUGACAAAAACCUCAGAUGCGGUACUAUCUCAUCGGUACAGAGUACGCCAACGCACACCUUCCAGUGUGGAGACAUGGAAGGUCGCUAUGUCAUUGUGGUCAUUCCAGGAGAAGAGAAGAUUUUGACACUGUGUGAAGUGGAGGUCUAUGCUUCUUUGGCAGCCCGAAGCUCUUCCUCUCCCCCUCCUCCUACUCCUCCUCCUCCUCCCACUGAGAGUAUGCAGCUGAGUGGCAGGACUGUGACGCUUGUGGGAGACAGGCUGUGCUGGUCCGAUGCUCUGUUCUACUGUAGACUUCACCACUGGGACCUGCUUAGCCUUCGCAGCGAGGAAGAGCAGAGCGCGGUGGAGCAGCUGCUGAGCCGUGGUCCUUUCCCCCUCACGGACUAUGUCUGGCUGGGAUUGCGCAGGUACAUAAUGCGCAACACGUGGUUCUGGAUGUCCGGCGAUUCCGUGAAAUUCACCAAAUGGUCACAAACCUCUUCCCCUUUCGCAUACUCUUACUCACAUUACCCGUGUGGAGGCAUGGCCAAAGGCGAGCGCCACCUGUGGGAGGAUCAGCCUUGUGAGGAGCUCCUCAACUUCAUCUGCGAAUCACGUGCUGCGGACGGAGCACAAAGAGUGUCUUUCGCCAGCACCCGCAAUGUCCUUAGUGGGGGCUAG